GUAACCCGCAGAAGUGUAAUAAUUAAACGGGAGGUUGCGAUUUUGAAGUGACGAUUCUAUUCUACAGAGCAGAGGUGUUUUUAGCGGGAAUGAGAUGAAAUCAAAAUCACAAAGAUAAACACUACAUACAACAUUGCGCCUGAAAGUGAAGUGUAACCUCAAUCAAUGGCAGACUCCACUCCAACCGCACCUACUUGCGCAUACUCUUGUUUCCAAAGAACGGUUACUUUAUACGAUUGGUGGCUUGUUAAAUCCCUAAACGACUUCCAAGGAAAUCGUUUAGCCGUCGCUGGUGUCUCUUCCAGAAAGGGAGAAGCGGUUCGGGUGUUUAUUUCGGCUCCCAUUGUCAAAAGAUAUGAUGUGUUUUCCCUUGAGACUGCCGAUGGUAUAUAUGUUAUCAUCAGGGGUUUCAUCAACGAGCAGCGUGCACUGGAUAAUGGUAUUCCUCCGCAGGUUUUCAAUGGUUUUUUAUUUGGCUUUCCUCCAAAUUGGGAAAGCUAUGCUCUAGAUUGCUUCAGAGAAGAAUCAGAAGCUGGUACUGAUCUGGUUGAUGCUGUUCUGGAUAAUGCAUGUCCAAGUUGUCAAGAAAUAUUGGCUGAUGGCGAGGAAAAAUCUGUUCCUACUUCGUUAGUGUUGCCUGAAGAGGCCUCAGGAAAUUGCGAGAAACCAUUCCCUGGAGACGAAUGCAUAGUUUCAAAGGAGAUGAGUGAGGUUGAUGUUGCUAAUGGUAGUGGUAGAAAUAGACGUAGUACUAUGUUGCAUAAUAUCAAAGCCUGUCAGCAGAAGCAGCAUGUGUUUGGAAGUCCACUCAAGCAUCCAGAUAAAGAGCAGAGCUCUACCUCGGACGCCAUAGAGAAUCGUGACUUGAAUAUUGCUGUUCCUGAUAAUGUACCAGCAACUUGUCCAGAAAUAUCAUCUGAUGGCGUGGAAAAGUCUUUUCCUAUUUCUCUGAUAUCACAGGAAAAUACCACAAGAGUUUGCAAGGAGUCAUUCCUUGAAGAUGGACAAGAUAUGUCAAUUAAGUUGAGUGAUGUUAAUGUUGUUCAUGGUAGUGGUAGAAAUGGACGUAGUGCCCGGUUGCAUAAUGAUAAAGUCUGCCAGAAGAAGAAACAUCCUGCUUCUGGAGGUCCUCCCAAGAACCCAGAUAAAGAGCAAAGCUCUACCUCAAAGGCAAUGGAAAAUUGUGAUUCAGAUACUGCUGUUCUUAAUAAUUUAUCAGCAAUUCUUCCAGAAAUAUCAUCUAACGACUUGGAAAAGUCUUUUCCUAUUUCUUUGGUAACAUCGGAAAAGAUCACGGGAGAUUGCAAGGAGUCAUUCCUUGACAAAAAACACGAUAUGUCAAUUAACAUGAGUGACGUUGUUCACGGAAGUGGCAGGAAUACACGUAGUUCCCGGCUGCAUAAUGUUAAAGUCAGCCAGAAGAAGAAACAGCCUGCUUCUGGAGGUCUUCCCAAGCACCCAGAUAAAGAGCAGAGAUCUACCUCAAAGGUCAUGGAAAAUCGUGAUUCGGAUACUGCUGUUCCUAAUAAUGUAUCAGCAAAUCUUCCAGGAAUAUCAUCUGAUGGUGUGGAAAAGUCUUUUCCUACUUCUUUGGUAACACCAAAAAAGGCCAAGGGAGAUUGCAAGGAAUCAUUCCUUGAAGAUAAACACAAUAUGUCAAUUAAGAUGAGUGAGCUUAACGUUGUUCAUGGAAGUGGUAGAAAUAGACGUAGUGCCCGGUUGCAUAAUGUUGAAGUCAGCCAGAAGAAGAAACAGCCUGCCUCUGGAGGUCCUCCCAAGCACCUUGAUAAAGAGAAGAGCUCUACCUCAAAGGUCAUGGAAAAUUGUGAUUUGGAUAUUGGGGUUCUUAAUAGUGUAUCAGUGAAUCUUCUGGAAAUAUCAUCUUAUGGUGUGGAAAAGUCUUUUUCUAGUAUUCCUACUUCUUUGGUAACACCGGAAAAGACCACCGGAGAUUGCAUGGAGUCAUUCCUUGAAGAUGAACACAAUAUGUCAAUUAAGAUGAGUGAGGUUAAUGCUGUUCGUAGUAGUGGCGGGAAUAGACGUAGUGCCCGGUUGCGUAAUGUUAAAGUCUGCCCGAAAAAGCAGCCUACUACUGGAGGUCCUCCAAAGCAUUCAGAUAAAGACCAAAUCUCUGUCUCAGCAGCCAUGGAGAAGAGUGAUGGAGGGCUGGAAAGUCCAUCGACACCCCUUCAGUCACAAUCAAAGGGGGCAGUAAACAUACUGUCUGAGCAGGUCAAUAAUAAAUUCGCAUCCAGAAUUUCUAAAACUUUGUCAGCAAAAACUGAAGGAUGUUAUAAGAAAAAAAGGGUGACAGUUGAAACAGAAGCAGUCAGACCUAAGAGAAAAAUGAUGAGACCUGCAUCUUCUAUGAAAUCUCCACAAGAAAAGGAUGCAAGUCACUUGAACAAGGGAAGUAAACAGAGAUUGUCCUCAGUUACUCCAGAGUCAUUGAGUCUAAAAAAAUCUAGAUCUGGAAGAUUACUUCUACCUCCUUUGGAGUUUUGGCACAAUCAGAAACCUAUUUAUAAUGUGGACCGUGAGAUUACAGAAAUUCAGGCAGGCUCGUCUUUAAUAUCACCUUUUCGAGGCUUUUCACCAUCAUUGGGCAGGUGUGCAGAAAUUAUGAGAGGAGGUAAAAGGAUUGUACUGGAACCAAUGCAGAAACUAUAGUUAGUGAAGACUGAAAUCUGAAGAGAGUAAGGGAAGGAAUCAAUUAGAGGAGAGAGGGUAGAGUACAGCAGAACAGGCAGAUAGUAUGGAGGUGGGAGUAAGUAGGUAGUUAGGUGGAUGUUGGAAAAUUGGAGUAGGUUGUGGGUGGCCUUUGGUGUUGUAAGGAUUGCCCCAUUGCAGACCCUUGUUGUGCAUUCUCUUUUUGCUAUCUAUCUUGUGUUUUAUUCUUGACUCUAGGGAUUAUCCUCCACUGUAAGGAGCUCAACUCCCUUGGUUAGAUAAAUAACACUCUCUAAUCUCUAGUUCAUAUCAUUUGCUUGAUCUGUAUAUUGCUACUAAAUAGUUUUAUUGUUCCAUGUUAUUUGCUCGAUCUGUUUAUUGCUACGAAAUAGUUGUCAUUGUUCAAAUGUUGUCAACUGAAAAAGUUGAAAGAA